GACUACCUACACACUACCAGUCGGAAGACUGCCUACACACUACCAGUAGGAAGACUGCUAACACUCACUAGCAGUGGGAAGACUGCCCACAUACUACCAGUGGGAAGACUGCUAACACUCACUAGCAGCGGGAAGACUGCCCACAUACUACCAGUGGGAAGACUGCCUACAUACUACCAGUGGGAAGACUGCUAACACUCACUAGCAGCGGGAAGACUGCCCACAUACUACCAGUGGGAAGACUGCCUACAUACUACCAGUGGGAAGACUGCCUACAUACUACCAGUGGGGAGACCUAGAGAAGGAUAUGGAUAUCAAAGAUUCACCUGUGAAGGGAGGUAUCUCUAUACUUCACACAGAGGAGGAUGGGAAACACCACUAUGAAGUGGAGAAGAUCCUCAAGUUCAAGAACGGAGGAGGAGCCUUCGCCAGGUGUGUGGUGUUGUUGUUCCUCAGAGAAGGAGACAAGCUCCUGACGAUCAAUGGAGUGGCCCUACAGGAUCUAUCCCCAGAGGCCUUCGCCAGGAUUCUGACGGAAGGAAACCCCAUGUUGACUGUCCACCAAGCCAGCAGGGCUCCUCCACCAGAGAGAUGCCCAGAGGGGGCUGAGGCCAGGGCUCUCCACCCGGUCUCCAAGGAGACCACCAUGCUCAGCUUCAGCCUGGAGAUGAGACGAGAGGACGACCUGGAUGACCUGGAGAGUGACUCCUAUCGCCCCAUGGAAGACCUCACAGAAGAGGAUGACAACAAAGCUGAUGAUGAGGUUGACGGUGUGUUCCUGGUUGCCAUGACGAACACCAGAAUCUCCGUGGUGAGGGGGCGUGGCUGCGGUGACGGGAGCUCUUGUCACAACUGUGGCAAGUCGGAUUGUAACUUCAACGAGGUUGUCAUGGUCGCAGAGUCCAGCAAAGUCACCUUGGUGUCACGAGGAAUGGGCAACUUGGAAAAAGUACAACAGUUGGACAACAUCUUUAUUGAAAACUAUUUAUACCACAUGUACCUUCGGCGUAAACUUACACGUAAGAUGUGGAGUAUUCCUAGUUUGUCAGCAACUCCAGAGAAGAUCACCAUCUAUCACUACAAGUCUGACUGUGUGGACGGAGAGUUUCGGGGGGUCCCUGUGGUCCUCAACUUCACCAGCUCUAACUGUUUCCUCAAGUGUGUUAAAGACGGAGAGAGAGUCUCUCUCUGUGUUGAGUCUUGUGACCAACACAGACUGAAAAGCAUCAGGAAGGAUGAUGAGGAGAUCCAGGCGUUUGUCUUCUACAUGAAGGCUGAAAUGAGCAAACAGCGGUUUGAGUCCGCCUACUGCCAGGGCUGGUUCAUCCACACUUCUACCGAGACUAAAGUAGUUUUGGGGAAACCCCAGGGGAUGACAGGGGACCAGUCAUUCUUCUUUGUCGUCCAUACAUGAUGGAGAGGGUUUGUUGUUUCUGCAUGUUAUGUUACUCUAGUUUCUCUAGUUUUUUUUAUAUACCAUCAUUUUAUACCAUCGUUGUUUUGAAGUGAUCUGUCCUAUAUCUACGAGAUGUAAGAGCGCUUAGGAAAUAUUUUAGUUUUUUUAGACACAUAUUUAACCCCUUAUUUUUGUUGGCACAAAACUACUUCGAUACUUCCAUUCAUUUGUAUGGGUUACCUUCAGACGAUUCUCAAAGACUCUUGUGUGGGUCGUAAAGCGAAACGGAGAACACCAUCGUGUUUGUGAGUCUCAUCUUUCCAUAGAGUUAGUAGGCCAAACCGUUCGGAUGCUACAGACGUUUUUGGUGAGAGAACUGAUUUUCAGGAUAUCUCAUGGUCUGACAAACACAGCUGGAGCUCGGCCACCUUCCUCCACAGAUGAGGAAGGGCGACAUCGGAGGAUGUGGUGGAUUGAGACUCAGCCCAGAGGCGGAUGUGGUGGAUUGAGACUCAUGCAAAUAUCUCUCGCUUAAACUGAUGGAUUUUGAUGGGGAUUUUUUUUAUUGCGUUCACUAGAUUGACACACAGAUGUGCAUCAAUAGACUCUUAAAUAUUUAAGAAUUUAAGAUGUGUUCAAUAUAAUUGCUACUAUAUGUAUUUUUAGUUUGCCACUAAUUGCAUAUUUUUCAAAUAACUUAAUCGCAGUCAGUAAAGGAAAUGAGACCAAGGACUUGUUAUUCCCUGUUGUUAAUGUUAUUCCCUGUUGUUAAUGUUAUUCCCUGUUGUUAAUGUUAUUCCCUGUUGUUAAUGUUAUUCCCUGUUGUUAAUGUUAUUCCCUGUUGUUAAUGUUAUUCCCUGUUGUUGUUGUUAUUCCCAUGUUGUUAUUCCCUGUUGUUAAUGUUAUUCCCUGAUGUUUUUGUUAUUCCCAUGUAAUGUUAUUCCAUGUUGUUAUUCCCUGAUGUUAAUGUUAUUCCCAUGUAAUGUUAUUCCAUGUUGUUAUUCCAUGUUAUGUUAUUGUUAUUCCAUGUUAUUGUUAAUCCAUGUUCAUGUUGAAUUUGAGUAGUGAAUAGUGUUACCUAUACUGUACAGGCUUUAAAAGCAGAUUUAGGUAGAUAUGCACAAGGACUAAAAGGAAUUGUUGAAUAAUAAUAAUAAUAAUGAUAGCUUUAACAUGUACGCGUCCUUUCAGGCUUGUGACAAACACAGACUGAAAAGCAUCAGGAAGGAUGAUGAGGAGAUCCAGGCGUUUGUCUUCUACAUGAAGGCUGAAAUGAGCAAACAGCGCCGGUUUGAGUCCGCCUACU